AUGUCCACACCCCAGUCAGAUCUGAGCGAAAAGGCUGCAGAGGCCGCCCAAGAUUUCUUCGCCCAGUUGUACGCCUUCUUCGAGUUGAUUAUCACCCGCUUCUUCAAAAAUGGCUACGCCUCUAUCGCGCAAAUGAGUGGCAAGCGCUGGACCAAAGUCAUCGGCAGCGUUAUCUUCUACCUAAUCAUCCGGCCGUACAUCGAGAAGACUUUUAAAUGGAUGCACGACCGUGAUCGUCGCAAGGAGAAGGAGAAGCGCGAGAAGGAGAAGGCGCAGUUCGGCAAAGUGAAGGUGUCGCCGAACUCGCUGCGUGCUGGUGGCGAUAGCGGAAAGGGGAAGGUCCUUGGUGAAGUUGAUAACACGGACGACGAGCUUGAGGAUGAGGAGGAUCUUAUGGCUGCUGCUAGUGGUGUUCCUGAGUGGAAUGACAUGGCCCGCAAGCGUCAGAAGAAUUAUAUUAAGCGUGUGAAGAAGGAUCAGCGCGCUGAGGAUUUGAGCCGGGAUCAGAUUAUGGAGUUGUUGGAUUGGAGUGAGGAGGAGGAGGUUGAUGUCAAGGUCAAGAAGGAUCUUUGA